GUUCCAAUUUCUGCCUAUUGAGUGGGUAACGACCGAGCCAAAGGAAACGGCGGUGGACUGCUCCCCGGAGGAUUUCGAGGAGUGUAUCUCAAAGCCGGGCUGCAUGUGGAAGGAGCCCGAAUACAAGGACUUAGCUUGUGUGGUCGCAGACUGGGGCGAGUGGCAGCCCUGCUCCGUGACAUGUGGCGUCGGGAAACAGAAGCGCUUCCGGCCUUUCCCGACACAGCGCAGCUGCCGCAAGCUGAAUCCACAACCUCUGGUCGCAGAAGACCGAUACUGCAUGAAGCCCGCGUGUCCUUUGGUCGCAGGCCAUUGCGAGGCUGCCAAACCGAACUCAACUGGCAGCGCCAUGCUGUGGCAAAGCAAGGCCAGGACAACCCCUCGCUCCGCGAAGGAGCCACGCAACUGGGUUCUUGUUGGAAGCUGA